CCCCUCGGGAUACCCCCUUCCCCUCAGGGCCCCCCUGAGCGCCUUCCCCGCUGCGCCUGAAGCUGCCGCCCUCGGCCUCCCCCAUGGUGGGGUUCGGGGCGAACCGCCGGGGCGGCCGCCUGCCCUCGCUGGUGCUCGUGGCGCUGCUGGCGGUGAUCGCCGUGCUCGCCUUCCACUGCUGGAACGCGGCGUCCCGCCAGGCCCUGCUGCGGGAGGAGCUGGCCGAGCUGCAGAGCCAGGCCCAGCGCACCGAGGUGGCGCGGGGCCGCCUGGAGCGGCGGAACUCGGACCUCCUGGGCAAGGUGGACUCGCACAGGAAGCAGCUGGAGCAGAAGGAGGCGGACUACAGCCACCUGAGCAGCCAGCUGCAGGCCAGGGACGGCCAGGUGAAGAGGUGCGAGGACGGCAAGAUGAAGCUGCAGAACAACAUCUCGUAUCAGAUGGCAGACAUACAUCGGCUAAAGGAACAACUGGCAGAGUUACGGCAGGAAUUCAUCCGCCAGGAAGAUCAGCUGCACGAGUACAAGAAGAACAACACAUACCUGACAAGGAGGCUGGAAUAUGACAGCCUGCAGUGUGGGCAGCAGAUCAAGGAAAUGAGACUGCAGCAUGAAGAGAACAUGAAGAAAUUAAUGGACCAAAUUGCACGGGAGCAAAAGCAGGCCACACAGAAAAUUCAGUCUAGUAAAGACACUGCAGUCAGCCCCAGCAAUGGUGACCAGGCAAUACCUGAGACUGUUGCAGAGGUGGAAGAUAAAGUCGUAGUGAAGAAUGAGGAGCCUUCAGAACAUGUUGCAAAUGGCAAAGAGAAAAUCAAACCAGGAGGAGAUGCAGGCAUGCCUGAAAUAGAAGAUAAUGACCCUGCUAAAGCUGAAGAUACUCCCACUGCUUUAAAGAAGCCACUUAUUUCAGCUCCUAAAAGUGAAGGUCAUCAGUCCAUUAUCAAUCUUCCAACUGAACAGCCCCAUGCUCCAAACCUGGCACCAGGCUUGCCCGGUGACAGUGAUGGAAACGCCAACAUUGCCAAGCAGAUCCCUCCGAAUUCUCUCCAGCACUUGAAUUUUGAAGAAAAUGUGGAAGCCCAGAAAGACCACAAAAUUGAGCCAGACCAGAUAAAAAUCCCAAAGAGUCGAGUUAGUGACUUGCAAAAGAUUAAGCAAAGCCGGUUCUUUGAUGAGAAUGAAUCCCCUGUGGACCCGCAGCAGGGUUCUAAACUGGCAGAUUAUAAUGGGGAUGAUGGGAACGUGGGUGAGUAUGAGGCAGACAAACAGGCCGAGCUGGCUUACAAUGAGGAAGAGGAUGGUGAUGGUGGAGAAGAAGACGUCCAAGAUGAUGAGGAGCGAGACCUGCAGAACGACUUGGGGGACUACAGCAAGUCCCGCCUCAACGAGGGGGUCCUGUAGGGUCACAGAGAGCUCAACCCAGAACUUGAGGUGCUGCAGAACUGGACCUGUUUUGCUCCAGUGUUUCCUACUUCCAAGGAAGCUGAGGAUCAAGUGCCGAGUGUGCUCAGCAGCAGCAGAAGAGGAUCCACUCUGUACAUAUGUACAUAUCUGUACUGUUGCAGGUUGUAUUAAACCCACAUCUUUGCUGUUCCAUGGAGCUGGGUACUCUGCCUGGUCCUUACCUGUAAUAAUCUCUACACUUAAACCCAGUCUAUAAACACAGGCUGAACUGUUUCUGCCACCUACAACACUUGGAACCUGGAGAACUUGUACAGUUUGUACCUGAUGUAACAAAGCUGCUGUGGAAGCCGUGUACAGCCAAGAACUCCUUUUCUACAGUCCCAGCCGUGGGGCAGAACUGCUGCUCCUGGGAGCUGGGGUUUGUACAGCAGUGAGAAUGGAACCUCAGAGGGACUGGGAACUGCACGGUUCAAUAACUGCUCCUUCCUCACUGCAACCCAGCACCACACCCCACUGAACUCCUGCACAGUGACCACAUCUUGUAGACAGAGCUGGAAAUCUGUAGGAGGACUUGAAUAAUUUCAUACAUCCCAAAAAAGUUGUGCAACUAGUAGCUGGAUUUAAAAGGUGAUCUAAAUAAUUUGCAGCUUGUAGGAAAUCUUUGUGUUACAGAGGGUGUGUCAGUGAGAGACACAUCUGCAGCAGCUGUGUCAGCCCCUCGAUGGAAGGAGCAGCCCUCACACAGGCAAACACACUGUGGGUGCUGGUGUGCUGUCCCAGUGUCCAUCCCAGCUCCAGCCACUCCUGUUCAUUCCCAGUUCAAUCCCUUGAUCCUCAACACCCACCACAUCCCACGGUUUGGUUUUCUCCAUCAGACCUGUAAGAAAGACCCUUUUCUGUAUUCUGUGUUCCAGCACUUCCAGAAUUGAUGGAGAUGAUUCCAUUGCUCUGCAGUGGUGGGAAUGAAGGGAAUUGUCCCCCCUGCUGCCCCAAGGGCUCCUGUGGACACAGGUUGUAGGCCCUGAAGAGGGUGAUUGAAAUCACCCCUGUGCUCUGGUGCUGGGCUGGAGUAAUGGGUCAGGAUUGCUCCUGCCGGCUCAGUGAACCUCUUAAAUAAAAGUUCAAUGCUCAUACAAUUA